AGAAGACCUGACAUUGUUGUUUUAGAGAAAGAGAGUAACAAAGCAAUUAUUGUGGAUAUUGCUUCGCCAUGGUAUCACAGAGUUUAUGAUAAGGAGAGUGAAAAGGUUAAGAAAUACCAAGAUCUGAAGUGGGAGAUUAGAAAAUUAUGGGGUAUUAGACAUGUGGAAGUAGACGUGGUGCAGGUAGUGGUUGGUGCACUCGGUGCAGUAAGCAAAAGACUGGAUACAUGGCUUGACAAGCGGGAGAUUACCAUUAAUACGAGUUUGCUGCAGAAAACAGCUUUGUUGAGAGCUGCAAGGAUCUUAAGGAAGGUAUUGGAAAGGAGAAGGGGGAGAACUAACUUAAGGGACCUUUGGCCAUUGGCUUUGGCUCGCUCCCUACAGCUAAAUUAUUAUUAUUAUUAUUAUUAUUAUUAUUAUUAUUAUUAUUAUUAUUAUUAUUAUUAUUAUCAUUAAUAUAUUUCAAAUUCUCAAAUAUAUUUAAAACUCUGGACCUCCUGCAAGAGUUAUUAAUCGCAUCUGAGCCGCAAGAAAUGUAUUUGGGAAAUCGUUAUUGACACAGUGAUCAUUCAAAGGAAUAACAAGCUGGGUGAUAUGGAAGCACGAAAUGCUAAAGAUGGUAUGCAAUGA